GAACCGCGGGUGACCAGUUCCACCGCCAGGCGCUCGCCCCGCGCUCACCGCUCUUGGCCCCACCCAGCCACCGUUGCUCCCUAGAACACCGCGCCCGUGACCCGGAAGAGGAUUCUCCUUAGCAACUGCGGGACCGCGGCGGCACCGGCCUCCCGGGAGCAACGCUAGUGACAACUGGGCUACUCAAGGCAGGAAGAACUCUGAGCUGAGCAGUGGAGGCUUCCUGGAUCUGGAGAGAAGAGGCAACCUCGGAACCAAUAAUGAACCAUCCUGAUUACAGGCCGAACCUCCGGACCUUGGGGACCCCCAGAGGUGUGUCCUCUGUGGUUGGCUCACAAGGCAUUGGUGCUUCGCCAGGUGACAAAAAGGCAAAGAACAAGUCCAUGAGAGGGAAGAAAAAGAGCGUAUUUGAAACCUACAUGUCCAAAGAGGAAGUUUCAGAAGGCUUGAAGAAAGGAACACUUAUCCAGGGUGUAUUGAGAAUUAAUCCAAAGAAGUUUCAUGAAGCCUUCAUUCCUUCCCCGGAUGGUGAUCGAGACAUUUUUAUUGAUGGGGUUGUUGCUCGUAAUAGAGCCUUAAAUGGGGAUCUGGUGGUUGUAAAACUGCUUCCUGAGGAGCAGUGGAAGAUAAUUAAACCAGAGAUCAAUGACAAAGAAACAGAAGCUGUCUAUGACUCAGAUCUUCCUGAGGAGCUCUGUGGACACCAUAUCCCUCAGCAGUCCCUGAAAAGCUAUAAUGACAGUCCUGAUGUCAUUAUAGAGGCUCAGUUUGAUGAUAGUGACUCAGAAGAUGGACAUGGCAACACACAAAAUGUGCUGGUUGAUGGUGUAAAGAAGCUCUCAGUUUGUGUUCACGAAAAAGGAAAAGAGGAUGCUGGUGUACUAGUUAAAAAAGAUGAGGAUACCUUUAUGUCACAAGACACGAGAGCUUUACCAGAGAAAUCCCUGCAAAGAUCAGCAAAGGUGGUUUACAUCUCGGAGAAAAAACAUUCUCGAGCAGCAACUGGCUUCCUCAAACUCUUGGCUGAUAAGAACAGUGAACUGUUUAGGAAAUAUGCCCUGUUUUCUCCCUCAGACCACCGAGUGCCUAGAGUUUAUGUGCCUCUCAAGGACUGUCCCCAGGACUUUGUGACACGACCUAAAGAUUAUGCCAACACACUGUUCAUCUGCCGCAUCGUGGACUGGAAGGAGGACAGCAAUUUUGCCCUGGGGCAGCUGGCUAAGAGUCUUGGACAGGCUGGUGAAAUCGAGCCUGAAACAGAAGGAAUACUAACAGAGUAUGGUGUGGAUUUCUCUGAUUUCUCCUCAGAAGUUCUAGAAUGUCUCCCUCAAGGGCUGCCAUGGACAAUUCCACCAGAGGAGUUCAGCAAGAGAAAGGAUUUAAGGCAAUACUGUGUCUUCACCAUUGACCCAUCAACUGCUCGAGACCUUGAUGAUGCCCUCUCCUGCAAGCCACUUGCUGAUGGUAAUUUUGAAGUGGGAGUUCACAUCGCUGACGUGAGUUACUUUAUUCCUGAGGGAUCUGAUCUGGACAGAGUGGCUGCUGAGAGAGCCACAAGUGUCUACUUGGUUCAGAAGGUGGUCCCCAUGCUGCCUAGGCUGCUGUGUGAAGAGCUGUGCAGCCUCAACCCCAUGACUGACAAGCUGACCUUCUCUGUGAUCUGGACGCUAACUCCAAAGGGCAAGAUCCUUGAUGAAUGGUUUGGUCGGACCAUCAUCCGCUCCUGCACAAAACUGAGCUAUGAGCAUGCGCAGAGCAUGAUUGAAAGCCCAACUGAGAGAAUCCCUGAGAAGGAGUUGCCCCCCAUUUCUCCAGAGCACAGCAGCAAGGAGGUACACCAGGCUAUCUUGAACCUCCAUGAGAUUGCAAAACAGUUACGUCAACAGCGCUUCGUGGACGGCGCACUGCGUUUGGAUCAGCUAAAGCUUGCCUUUACUCUGGACCAUGAAACUGGAUUGCCUCAAGGAUGUCAUAUCUAUGAGUACCGCGACAGCAACAAGCUCGUGGAGGAGUUCAUGCUCUUGGCCAACAUGGCAGUGGCCCACAAGAUCUACCGUGCCUUCCCCGAGCGGGCCCUGCUACGCCGGCACCCUCCACCCCAGACAAAGAUGCUGGACGACCUGAUAGAAUUUUGCAACCAGAUGGGGCUGCCCAUGGACUUUAGUUCUGCAGGAGCCCUCAAUAAAAGUCUGACCAAAACAUUUGGAAAUGACAAAUACUCACUGGCCCGGAAGGAGGUGCUCACCAACAUGUGCUCCCGGCCCAUGCAGAUGGCGGUGUACUUCUGCUCGGGGCUGCUGCAGGACCGGGCACAGUUCCAGCACUACGCCCUCAACGUGCCGCUGUACACACACUUCACCUCUCCCAUCCGCCGCUUCGCCGACGUCCUGGUGCACCGGCUCCUGGCUGCUGCUCUAGGCUAUAGGGAGCGGCCGGAUGUGGAGCCUGACGCCCUGCAGAAGCAGGCUGACCACUGCAAUGACCGCCGCAUGGCGUCCAAGCGUGUGCAGGAGCUUAGCACUGGCCUCUUCUUUGCCAUCCUUGUCAAGGAAUGUGGUCCCCUGGAGUCAGAAGCCAUGGUGAUGGGCGUCCUAAACCAAGCCUUUGACGUGCUGGUGCUGCGCUACGGGGUCCAGAAGCGCAUCUACUGCAAUGCCCUGGCCCUGCGGUCCCACCACUUCCAGAAGGUUGGCAAGAAGCCAGAGCUCACGCUUGUCUGGGAGCCUGAGGACAGUGAGCAGGAACCAGCCCAGCAGGUCAUCACCAUCUUCAGCCUGGUGGAAGUGGUCCUGCGGGCAGAGACCACAGCACUCAAGUACAGCGCAAUCUUGAAACGGCCAGGCACCCACGGCCUCCUGGGCCCUGAGGAGGAGGAGGACCACAACGAAGAGUCCGCAGACGAGCCAGACGACUGAGGCCAGGCACCUGCCCCUGCCCACUGGCUUGUAGGAACAGGACCUGUUGACACCAAAGGGGAUUUUUAAUUUGGCUUUUAUUAACUCAGGGGCUUGUUUUUAUUUUUAUUUUUGCAUUGUAUUUUAUUUUUGCAGCUCCAUUUUUAAAUGAACUGCAGGGUAGGAGUGGAGCUGGACAGAAGGCUGAGGCCUGGCCAGGGCUGACCCAAGCAGAGUGGGCCCCAAUUUGCCUAGCUGCCACCCCUCUCCUGCCCAGUAACCACUGCCAUCCCCUACCCAGGAAAUGGGGAUUUUCAGCAAAUCAGUGUCAUGAAUAAAAUCAAGU